AUGCAUGGGGAGCCUUCUGUGCAUCAAAAUUUACAAGUCACCCAAGAGCCUCCCGAAAAGAGAAUAAAAAUAAUCCGACCAGCGCUAUUGUCACGUGUGAUCGUCCUCAUUUUUGAGGCGGUCAUUUGCAUUGCGCUUUCCAUACGAGGAAUAGAUGGACUUGCCUACUAUUCGUCUAAUUCUAGCGAUGUGGCUGCAAUUACGCAGAGAAUGUGGAGGGCCAUAGAUUGGACGUACAUAUUCUACGGGUUGAACUACCAGCUGGCAGCAGUGUUGCUUGCUGCUUCGCCUCGUUGGUUUUUGUACCAAGCACUGGGGUCAAAUUUCCUUUGGAUGCUCCCAUGGGCGAUAUCAUAUUACGCCAUCAUCUUUGGCGGAGCUAUGGUCUUUGAUUUCUUCGAUGUUAGUUUGACUAUUCUUCUCUGGGUUUACAGACUAUCCAAAGGCCGAGUCAGACUGUAG